UGUCAUUUAAACGUUUUAUUUAUAUACUUCGGUGUAUUACCAAAUAACAAAAUAACAUGCGGACGUUUAAAAAUGAUAUAUUUAAGAUACCAAAAUCAUUUUCUUAUUGAUAUUCUAUUGAUAUUCGUGCCAAAUGGCAGAGUGGAAAUUACACUAGAGUUACGGAAUACACUUUCAUAUUGAUAAAUAAAGAGUGACAUGUCGUAAAUAGAAACUUUAAGGAUACAGAGUUAACCUUCAUUCAUUUCGAGGAGUAACAUUUUUGCCAAAAUGAUGUCGUUUUAUUUGUUGUUUUUGUUUGGUGUUCCCUACAUGACGUCAUGUGUGAACUCCGCGUACACGGCGUACGAUGCCAUGAACCUACAAAGUGCUCUUACCAGCAACUAUUCCUCCAAAGUUCGACCAUUGGAAUCUACAUCAGUUGAUGUCUCGUUUGGAAUGAUGCACAUCACAGAAUUGAAUAUCGUGACUCAGCAGCUGCAUGUUGUCGGCUUCCUUUUGGUUACUUGGAUAGACAACCGGCUUACAUGGACACCUUCAGAUUACGGUCAGAUGGAAACAACGUAUAUACUACUUUCUGAUAUAUGGUCGCCGCCAUUGGUACUCAACAAUGCUGCAGACAAAAUUCAGAUGAUGAAUGAUGACUCUGAUCUAUCCAGUGUAAAUGCAUAUUUAUACUAUGGUGGAUUUGUUAUUUGGUUGGCACCUGCCAAUUUCAUGGCUCAGUGCACCAUUAAUAUUCAGUAUUAUCCAUUUGAUUCACAGACCUGUUACUUCGUGGUAUCGUCAUGGUUAUUCAUUGAAAGUCAUUUAAACCUAGGAGGGUCAGCUUCGUCUAUAAAUCUUGACCUGUACGAAGAAAAUGGAGAAUGGGACCUCACCAGAUCUACAGUUGAAAAUGUAACAAGGUAUAUUUUACUUGAUUGCUAAUAAUCAGCUUUGUAUCGGAAUGCAUAUAUAUAUAUAACAAAUUUUACACGAAGUUUUGUCUUU